GCAUAAAUUUUCUAAGCCUGAACUUCUUAUGACUUAAUAUCGUUUACCCUGGAAAGAGGCAGAUACACCCUGAUGCCUAAACAAUCAAUAAUUUUUCGGGAAUGAGAGUGAGCUUCCAUAUUACACCGGGGGCGGAGAUUGGAGGAGUAAUCUGAUGGGAUUGCUAAAAAAAAUUUUAAAGUGAGAUGGUACUAUUUCGGUUUUGAGUACACUUUGUUUAGAAACCACCGGGAAAGAAACAAAGUAUUGCCGAUUAUAUAUAGAUAUAAUAAUAAAAGUAUUAUUAUACUUUUAAAGUUAAACCCACUUUAAAUCCUGGCAUUUCCCCCUUUCUUCUUUUAAAAAUUGACAAAGUUCUCUUUCAAGAAGUUCAGAAGCGUGAACCGUGCCCCGCCUUCUACACUUUCCCCGUUCAAAUCUCUGCACCUUUUAUCGAUUUCAAGAGCGCGUCUGAGAACUUCCUGCAGGACCCUGGACAGACAUCUAUUAACCAGAACGUAGAUGCCCGCAGCCUGGGCAGUCCAAGCAGCCGGGAGACAGGAGGCGGCGGCGGCAUGAGCUACCACCAGCUACCAGUGGUGAUCGACCACGGCUCAGGAGUGAUCAAGGCGGGCCUGGCUGGGUCCCGGGAGCCUCAGUUUGUCUACCCGGACAUUGUGGGCCGCGCCAAAGGCCUGACGGGCGUCGAGGGCGCGCAGGAAGUGUGCGUGGGAGACCAAGCGGAGCAGCGGAGAAACUCGCUUUCCAUCAGCUACCCAGUGGAACGUGGUCUCAUUACUUCAUGGGGGGACAUGGAGAUCAUGUGGAAGCAUAUCUAUGAUGAUAACCUCAGGCUAAAGCCCUGUGAUGGCCCAGUCUUGAUUACAGAGUCAGCACUGAACCCACUGGCCAACCGGCAACGGGUCACUGAGGUGUUUUUUGAGCAUCUGGAGGUUCCUGCCUUCUUUAUGUCCAUCCAGGGGGUGCUAGCUCUCUUUGCUGCUGGCUUCACAACUGGCUUUGUGCUGAAUUCAGGUGCUGGGGUUACCCAGUGUGUACCCAUCUUUGAGGGUUACUGUCUGCCUCAUGGUGUCCAGCAGCUAGAUCUGGCAGGUCUUGACCUCACCAACUACCUCGUGAUGCUGCUGAAGGAGAAAGGCAUCAUGCUGCUUCGUGCUUCAGACAGAAAGAUUGUCACGGACAUUAAGGAAACCUAUUGCUAUGUGGCAAUGAACUUUGAAGAAGAAAAGGCCAAGAAAUCUGACUGUAUAGAGAAGAUUUACCAACUACCUGAUGGGAAGAGGUUCAAGCUCCAUAGCCAGCUCUUUCAUUGUCCAGAGGCCCUCUUUUCUCCAAGUCUCAUGCACCUUGAGACCCCUGGCAUUGAUAAGAUGUGCUUCAGCAGCAUAAUGAAAUGCGAUGCAGAUCUGAGGAAUGCUUUUUUCUCCAAUAUUAUCCUUGCUGGGGGAUCAACCUCUUUCCCUGGUUUAGAUAAACGUCUAGUUAGGGAUAUAGCAAAGAUGGUACCUGCCAACACCCCUGUGCAGGUUAUUGCUCCCCCAGAAAGGAAAAUAUCAGUGUGGAUGGGAGGCUCUAUUCUUGCAUCCCUGUCUGCCUUCCAGGACAUGUGGAUCACUGCUGCAGAAUAUAAAGAAGUUGGCCCCAAUAUAGUACACCAGAGAUGCUUCUGACUACAGAUAACAUGGUUAGGAGAAAAUGUUUUGAGUAUAUGUGACAGAAAUCUUUGGAUAUUACAUGUUUCUGGGAAGACAGAAAAUAUUUCAAUUAUUGGAAUGUCCAUGUCUCUCUUGCAUUUCUAUAAUGGAGAUAAUGGAGAAGCAGUCAAAUAAUAGAUGCUUACUGAG